CAUUAACAUGCAAAAAACAACAUAAGUCACGGAAAACCAAAUCAUGCCAAAAUAAGGAAUUCACUAACAGUUUAGGAAUUAGCAGGGACUGAUGCGUCGGGCCUGUGCAGCGUGCCAAGCUGACGAUGGCACAGAGUUUUGAAAGUAGUAAGGGGAUAACAAUGGAAAAGUUGUGUUUGUGAACAGGUUGGGAAAGUUUUGCCCCCCAAAAAGUUUCGCUUUUCCUCCUUGCACGGAUGCGGUUUUCUGGAAUCGACAACAUCUUGCAGGGGAGAAUGGACCACAACUCCAGAAGGUAGGCUACUGGGAUCUGCAAUACGCGUGGAGUUUAAAAUGUGUCUGUGAAAUCUAACAAAGAAAGACAUGAACAAUGGCAGAAAAAGAGAGGAAGAAUGCGGCAGUAUAUCGCAGCGUUUCUUUCAAAAAGUUGGGGUCCUGGAACGCCAGCAGGAGUGAAGCCCAGCAACACAAAUCAGAGGAUUUGGAGGCAGCUGGCGUCGCCCUUCCCCCGGAGCCCAGCAAAGCAGAACAAUCCUUGGCGACGCGUAAUGUCAGUGUGUCAAGAAAAGUUUCCAAAAUCACUGCCACCACCGCCAGCCUCCAAACCGCAGAUUCAAAGCGAGGCUCCUCCACUCCUCUCUCCUCUAUUUCUCCAUCCAUCCGCCAGCUCACUGAGAAAUUCAACAGCAGCAGCUCAUCCAGGACGCGCAGAGCCUCACCGGGAGACGGCGCAGCAGUGACGCGGGGGAGCAGCACUCUUCCCCGGGACAGGGGCUCAAGGAGUGACCCCUCACCGUCUCGUUUAUCUUUUCACGAGGAAAGCAGUGGUGGAUAUUUCCAGGAUAAUGACACUAUAACAGAUAAUAAGGGGCAAAAGUUCCACUCUGGGACAGACUCUUUGUCAGGCUCGGACUCAGAAAAGAAAAGGGAGAAGCGGAUUUUAACACGUUUGUCAACCGACAGCAGCAGCAACUCUGGUAAGAGAGAUUACUCACAGAUAAAUGCAUGUACUUCUGACCCCAGAAAGACUGAAAUCAUAGAUGAGGAAGAGGAUGUUACUAUUAGAGGUGCUCCUCCACCCUGUAAAUCUCACAGAAGUUAUCUCUCGACACACCAUAGUGAGUUUGUUCCUCUGCACUCUGACAAGUGGCCCAGUGUCACCAAAAUUAGGCAAAUUUUUGAUGAAAGACAAAGCACAUUGAAGGAGCAGUGCAAAGCUGACAAUUGUGUGAAUUUAAAAGCAGCAGGUGGAGGCUCACUACAAGAGCUCAGCCCAAGUGAGAGUGCUCCCCUCUCGGAUAGAAGUGACAAACUCUCACCUUGCAGUUCUGCCAAUGAAGCCAGUGCUCGAUCUUUAUAUGGAAAAUGCAUAGCAGGAGCACAAAGCAGAGAAAACAGUGCAGCUAAAGAGGCUUCUCUUCAAGGUAUGGACUUAUGUUCCAGAUCUGAUCAGCAUUGUUUCUCAAAUACUGAGGAAGCGGACGUAGAGACACAAUGUUUUAAAAACAAUACAGUUUCUGGCAAAACUACUUUUCAAAGCAGCAGCGGCAGUCACAGUUGCACUGGCUGUAAUCAGUACCAAAGGACUCAACCAUCUCCAUACAGAUCUCAUAGUCACAUCACUGAGGCAGAAGCUACCCAUGAGACCCACAGUACGACAGGGUUGACAUCUGACCCCAGCCAUGACCUUCAACCCCCUGCUACUUCGUCUUGGAGUCGAUCCCUGGACGCAGACACCUCCUCCUGCUCCUCCUCUCUUCAGCAGCCGACAGUGAGGGAGAGAAGGGAUAGACAGGGGGUCGGGCUGCCCAGGGAUAGUUUACAUUCCUCACAUAGCUCCUCUAGAGCGCCAGCCCCAACCUCCUCCUCCCCCUCCCCUGCUCCAGCUUCAGAUAAAGCCAUUACCUCCUCCUCUACUGUAGCUCCCUCAUCUGAGCUAAGAGCCCCAAAAAGAGUUGUUUCUCCCCUCAGCUCCCGCUGGAGGUUUAGCUCCGGAGACGAAGAGGAAGAGCACACCAGAAGAAGAAGAGGAGGUGGGGGAGGAGGUUGGAGUGGUCCUCCGGGUCUGACUCCUUCCAUCUCCUGCAGAUCAGGGGAAAAGGGUGCCACAGAGCGAGGAGGCAGCUAUUUAUCGCGCAGUAAAAAUGGCUGGUGGGGUGCAAAGGGCAUUGGUCGGUCUUCAGGCAGUGAGGAGGACAGCCCUGGUUCUCUAGGCCCUCACAGUCGAGAAGCAGUGCGCCGUCGCUCACUGAGAAAGAAGAAGAAGGCCAGCGGUGCUCCAGUGACAGGCCGUGAUGAUUAUGAUGAUCAUGAUGGCGAAUCCGAAGACAGUGACAGUGACACGGCCUUGACGAUGGAGCACAUAGAGAGGCGCCACCAGCAAAGCACAGGAGACGAGAUUGCAGGGGUACUUCCUCGCAGCCACUCUGGAAGACUAUCUAGUAGUCACAGUAACAGAGCCAGGGUGCAGCAAUGGGAGCGCAUCUCCUCACCAGUGACGUCCAAGACUCUUCCUGGUGUAUCACGAGUGUCAAAGGUCAAUAUUCCCCCAUUUGCCUCCAGCCCUGGUGGUUCACGAUGUAGCAGCCGAUACUCCAGCACUGAGACACUGAAGGAGGAGGACCAGGCUAGCUGCACCAACCGUGCGGGUGGAACAGGAGGUAGCUCUAGCAGGACUGCAUCCUCAUCCAUGCUCAGUAAAACAUACCAUGGCAAUUUCACCAUGUAUCGCUCCCCCAGUUUUGGCCAUGGGGAUAACUUUUCCCGUAACCCUGUGCGGCGACCCAAGAUUAUGCCCACAAUCGAGCACUCACCUAGUGUGCUUGCCAGAGAUAGUGGGGUGUCUGCAGGGGUCAGGGGUGGAGGGACCGUGGCAUUAAGAAAGACAAUUGGUGGGGAUGUGAUGGAUGAUAACAGCGAUACCCGAAUAUCCAUAUCCAACCCAGAUAUUACCUCAGAAACGAUGUCACUCUUAAGUUUCCUGAAAUCUGACCUGUCAGAGCUUAAGGUGCGGAAAACAAGUGGAGACAAAUCAGGGGUUGUGGAGGGGUCAUCAGUGUACAGGAUGGGGUCAAGGACUCAUGGCAGUACCCUUCUAUCGUCUGGACACCGCCCAUCCCUGAAAGAUCUGACUGCCACCCUGCGGCGUGCAAAAUCCUUCACUUAUGCAGACAAACCCUCAACAGCCAGGAGGUGUUAUUUGACAGGUAGCAACACAAAAAGGAGCUCCUCUGAGCAGCAGCUUGACAUGGAUGGAGGGAGGGGGUCGGUGUCAGAUAGGGAAGUAGAAAGUGAUGGGGGUGAUUUUAGGGUUGGAAAAGGACAAAGAAUUAGGGACUUUGGAUUUGAUGAUGAUGAGGAAGUGAUUCCUCCAUUGCAGGAGAGAUAUGUGCUGGAAGCAAGACAGGUCAUUCGAGAUAUCUGUCAGAUGAGUUCUAGGGAAGAUGAUGAUGAUGAAGAUGUAAGGAAAGCUGACCGUUAUCUGAAGAAAACAAAUGAAGAUAAGGAGAAACCAGGAGUGAGCAUUAAGAAUGAAGUUAGGACCGAUGAAGAGGCUGAGAACACAAAAGACAGGGAUAAACAUAAGAGGGAGAGAGAGAACAGGGAGAGGGAGAGGAGUGAGAGGGAUGGACAAAGUAUGCAGUCAGAGAAGCUAAACAGCAGGGGCACAGAGUACAGGGAGAAGGCAAAAAGACAGAGCAGAGAGACGGAGAGAGCCUUACCGAAGGGUGACUCGGAGGAAAGCAUGUUCUACGAUCGCUCUAUGGAUGAACUUUCAGGCCACGAGUCUAGUUUAACAGAUGAGGGGAUUGUAACGGAGCCAGAGACAGGCCCCAGUGACCCUGCUGAGAGGUCAUUCCUGGGGUCUGCUGGAGUUAAUAUGGGGUCACAGGUUGCCAGGGAUGUGCUAGGGCAGCCAGUCACCAUAUGGAAGCAAUCUGCACUCCAUGAGGCAGAAGGGUUGACGCAGGAAAAGGACGGGAUGACAGAGAAUGGCAUAAAUUGUCCAAAUGAAGUCAGCGUCCCUCCCUCCAUUCCUAUUCCUAUCCUGAUGGUUGAGAGUGACAGCGACAUCAUGGAACACUGCAGUACUACUGGUUUGAUCAAUGUUAACGCUGCUUGCGAAGAGAUUAACACCAACAGCGCUGUGUCGCAAAGGUCAGCGGGCACCACAGGAGGAGGACAUGAAUCUCCUGCAACCCCAAGUGCUGUCCGUCGAAGGCGCAAGUUCUCUCCUUCUGGUAAUAACAACACAGGCUCUGAUUCCAGUAAUGGCAGUAAUGUGGAGUCAACAAUAGCAGCUGGUGGAAACGGGGAUUCCACAGUUUACCGCUCCCUCAGUGACCCCAUGCCUCAGCGGCGUUGUUCCUUGGCAGAAGAUGGGAACAGUUUUUCCUCUGUAGACAGCAACCUGUUAGGAUCCCUAUCUGUCAAAGGAGGAGGAGGAGGAGCUGCAGAGGCCUCUGCUGUGGCUGCCUUAUCGGAGUAUAAAGGAAGUGUGGCCAGUGACUUGUCUGUUUACAGUGAUAGUGGGCUACGUGAUGAUAGCGUUGGUGAUUACAGUGGGGUGAUCAGGAGCAUUGUAGCUGAGCCAGGUGCAAUGGACAGACUGAUGACAGAUGACCACGGCAAUGGUAAAGCUCCAAAAAAGAAAUCAUUCAGUGACCCCAGUCGCCGUAGUGAUGCCCCUUUACUCUCUCAGAAUGAGUCUCAGUUCAAAGGCCAGACUGGCAGCACCCAGCCAAUAAGUGAGCUGGAUCAACCUGGCCAGAUCCCACCCUCCAGCAGUGAGCCAAUUCUGAGUGAGCAGAGACAGGAUCUGUGGGAGCCAGAAGUUAAAUCUCAACCAGCACUGCUGACAGAGCAACAUCGCAACACAACCAGCAGUAAUAAAGUCAAGGUUCGUUCCCAGUCUGAAUGCAUCCACUCUGAAAACCUUGAUGAUGAAGAUAUUGAUGUAAUAGACCAGGGUGAAGAAGAGACAGAGUUGGAAAAGUUUAACUUUGACCUCAAGCUAGCUGGGGCUCUGUCCCCAAGAAUGGUUCGUCGACCUCCUAGAAAGCGUCCCAUCAGGCCAGCUCAGUUUUUCCCUCAUGAGGACCCAUUUGAGCCCCAAGAACUUGGUUCAGAGGAGCAAGAGGAGAACAGCGAUACAAAUGACCUCACCCCUCCUCUUCCCUCUCUCCAAUCUAAAAACAAAACCAGACCCAAGCAUGUCCAGCAUGCAAGUGAACCCACCACAUUUAUACCCAUCUCCCCACCUCCACUCCAAGCACUGAGGAAAGCAGACUGCCUAGUUGUUGGACCCACAACAGAGAAUCCUACCUUGUCAAAGCCUCCAGGAGGUGAGACUCCAUCUCUGGAGGAUGUGACCCAGAAAUAUAUUCUGGAUCUUGGCACUGCAGAGAAAGACGCAGAGGGCAUUGGACCUUCCCCAGCGGCCAGGGAUGGAGCUGAGGGUUCGAUGUCAGUUUCAGAAGGGCCCAGUGAGUACGGCACCAGUGGAAUUAUAAAAGCUGGACCACAGAAGAAGAACACAGAGGACUCUGCAUCCACAGCUAUGCCACAGAGGACCAAACCGAGAGUGGAUAUGAGAAAACAUGUGAUCAUGACCCUUUUCGACACAGAGCAGUCAUACGUGGAGUCACUACGCACUCUUAUUCAGGGCUACAUGCGUCCUCUCAAACAGCCUGAUGGAAGCUCCAUUGUGGACCCUCUGCUGGUGGACGAGAUGUUCUACCAGAUUCCAGAAAUCCUGGAGCACCAUGAGCACUUUCUCGAGCAAGUGUCCAGCUGUGUCAGCCAGUGGCAUGACAGACAGACUGUUGGAAACAUCCUCAUCCACUCAUUUUCCAAAGAGGCUCUAGCUAAUAUGUAUUCAGCCUACAUUGACAACUUCCUCAAUGCCAAAGAUGCUGUAAGGAUUGCCAAGGAGGCCAAGCCAGCCUUUCACAAGUUUCUGGAGCAAAACAUGAGAGAGAACAAGGAGAAACAAGCUCUGGGUGAUCUGAUGAUCAAACCGGUCCAGAGGAUUCCUCGAUACGAGCUUCUGGUGAAGGACCUGCUGAAGCACACCUCAGAGGAUCACCCGGACCAUCCGUACCUACUGGAUGCACAGAGGGACAUAAAGCGUCUGGCAGAGAAGAUCAAUAAGGGCCGUCGCUCGGCUGAGGAGGCAGAGAGGGAGGCCAGAGUCAUCCAGGAGAUCGAGGCGCACAUAGAGGGAGUUGAACAUAUUCUCAACCCCCAGAGGAAGUUCUUGAGACAGGAAAUGGUCAUGGAAGCGAAAACAGUCGGUGGGAAAAAAGACCGUUCCCUCUUCCUGUUCAGCGAUCUGAUCAUCUGCACCACUCUCAAGAGGAAGUCUGGCUCAUUGAGACGCAGCUCCAUGAGCCUGUACUCUGCUGCCAGUGUGAUCGACACUUCCAGUAAAUACAAGUUCCUGUGGAAGCUUCCUCUGGAGGAUGUGGAGGUGGUGAAAAGCUCCACUCAGGCAACAAACAAGGAAAGCAUCCAGAAGAUGAUCAGUCGACUGGACGAGGAUCUCAGCACUCUGGGUCAGAUCAGCAAACUGUCUGAGACCCUCAGCUUCCCACACCAGUCCCUGGAUGAGGUAAUAAAGGACCUGAUGGCGUCGGUGCACAGGGAGCUGUCAGAGAAGCAGUCGCUGGCCUUCAGUAUGACCUGCCUGCCCACAAAGCUGGAGUUUACCACGGCCUCCGCUGAAAGCAGCUUUGUCUUUGAGUUUACCUCGCCUGAUAUACGGUCGCACUUUGAACAGGCCUUUGAAGAAGCCAAGAAGAAGCUAGCCAUGAAUAAGGACCAGUGGGACCCAGAGUUUCUGAAGGCUAUUCCUAUCAUGAAGACUCGCAGUGGGAUGCAGUUUUCCUGUGCCUCUCCCAGCCACAGCUGUCCUGACAGUGGCUGUGAGGUUUGGGUGUGUAACAGCGAUGGAUACGUUGGACAGGUCUGUCUGCUGAACAUCAAAGAUGAGCCCACAGUAGAGGCCUGCAUUGCUGUCUGCUCAGCUAGGAUCAUAUGUAUUGCUGCAGUACCAGGACUCAAAGGAAGGGAGCGUGGAUCAGAGCCCACCCUCAUCCCCAGCACGGUAGCACCUGGUCACACCCCUCAGCAGCAGCUUCACAUAUCCAUCUCUCAUUCCUCUCUGGAGCUGACCGAGCAACCCACAGUACCAGGGGCCGAGCUUGUUCCUUUCGAUAGCGAUGAUACCGAUGAUGAGGACUCCCCAAGCCCUUCCUCCACUCUGCAGAGUCAGGCCAGUCACUCCACCAUCUCAUCCAGCUAUGGCAAUGAUGAGGGUCCAAGCUCCAAAGACAUGGCCACAGAGACCACAAGCAGUGAGGAGGAGCAGGAGUUCCCUGUGGCAAGCUCCUAUGGGACCCCAGGGAUGUUAGGGGUUGGAGGAGGAGUUCGCCCCCACUCGGAGAGUCCCAUGGACGGCCGCGCCAUGCGCCGUUCCUCCAGAGGGUCAUUCACCAGAGCUAGCCUGGAGGACCUGCUCAGCAUUGACCCUGAGGCGUACCAGAGCUCAGUGUGGCUGGGCACAGAGGAUGGAUGCAUCCAUGUGUACCAGUCCUCAGACAAUAUCCGAAACCGGAAGAAUAGCAUGAAGAUGCAGCACUCAGCCUCCAUCCUCUGCAUACUAUACCUGGACAACAAAGUGUUUGUGUCUUUGGCCAACGGAGAGGUGAUUGUCUAUCAAAGGGAAGCAGGUAGUUUCUGGGACCCUCAGUCCUCCCAGACAUUAGUUCUGGGCACGCCCAGCAGCCCUGUCACCAAAAUGGUUCCUGUUGGAGGAAAGCUGUGGUGUGGCUCACAAAACAGAGUCCUUAUUAUCAACACAACUACACUGGUACAAGAGCACUGGUUCCAGGUGGGCACUGACAGCAGUCGCUGUGUGACCUGCUUGGUAGCGUACGGUCAGGGUGUGUGGUUGGCGUUGCAGGGCAGUGCACAGGUCAAACUGUACCAUGCUCAGACCCUGGAGAGCCUGACAGAGGUGGAUGUGGCGCCUGCUGUGCAUAAGAUGCUUGCAGGUGCUGACGCAAUUAUCAGACAGCACAAGGCCGCCUGUCUGAGAAUCACAGCACUGCUGGCCUGUAAGGAUCUGCUGUGGAUCGGCACCAGUGCAGGUGUGGUCCUCACACUGGUGAUCCCAGCAGUGAGCUCAGGAACAGGCGCUGGAACACUGAAAACUCCUCUUGCACCAAUGGGUUCAGCACACGGACACACGGGCCACGUUCGAUUCCUGACAUCAAUUGAGCUACCAGAAGGGUUUGACAUGAACUUCCCUCCUACAGCGAACGACUCCACAGGGAACCAAACACAGAGUAGCAGCACAGUUGAUGGGAACCUCCAAAGACGUGACUCUGCACGCCGCCGAGCCUCUGCACACAUCGCUCCAAAAAUCAAUCAUCUUGUUAUUUCAGGUGGUGAUGGCUAUGAGGACUUUAGACUGACCAAUAGCAGUGAAACUGUGGGACGGGAUGACAGUACCAACCAUCUUUUACUUUGGAGGGUCUGAGACUUCUAACCCUUGCACUUUGACCAAUCCGCCCAAUCUCCCUGUAGCUGAGAACAGCGCUGAAGCUCCUGUCCUCCUCCCUAGUCAGACUCCUCACUUUUUGAUGUUGUUCUUUAGGUCUUCUGCUCAGUCCAGCAGUCUCUAUGUGCAAAAUACGGCUGUCAGCUCCUUCUGUGACUUUUUCAGACUCAGUUUUCUUGUGUUAUGUUCCAGACGAUGUGCAUUUUUCCUUGCUGAGUGGUAUCCGUGCAUGUCUGUUUCUGCUUGUGUUGUCCGGAAAAAGUGUCUUUGUACCCAAAUCUUUACUGAAGGAGACAGAAGAAGAUGACACUGAAGGGAAACUUUGAUAGAUGCACAUGUGUUAAGACUGAGAACACUUGCAGAAAAAAAAGGCAGAAGAAGACUUUACUCUGCAGAAUGUUGAUGCACAGGGAUUGGACUUGGACAUCAACCCUUUAAUCCUUUAUGAUGUUAUCUUUGCCUGAGCUGCAGACAAAAUGCCUCUUGACGAUCAAAGGUCAAUGUCAUGAAAACACACAGGAUCAUCUACGAAUGGAAACAAAAAUAAUUGAAUCACCUGAUCGGCAGGGUCUGGACAAAAGCCCCAAGAUCAAAUAGCUCUGGGUUUAAUAACUUAUCCAUGUGAGACCACUUAAACCAUCCUGUAGAAGAAUUAAGAGCAUAAUUUAAGUGCAAUAUGUUGCAGGGGUAUUUAACAGGACUGUAAACACUCACUUUAAUGCACAGCCUUCACUCACUGAACCAGAAACUUGUGUUUUUUUUCUACACUGAUCAUCCAGCUGUUUCUCAGUUUCAUGUUUCAUUUCUGCAUCCAGUUUAAGACGACAUUAACUCAGAUGAUGCCUGUUACUGGAGUUGAAUAGAAAAAAAAGAUGUAUUGGAGACAUUCCUCCUUAACAUGACUAUGCCAAAGCCUUGUUUGUGUUAAAGUUGUAACAUUCGGAGAUCUGAAAAGGUUUCUUUUGCCAUGAAAUGUCAUUUUGUUGAGUGGGUGAAAAUCAGGAGAGGACUUCAGAUUCCAGAGUCCAGGCUGUGAGGUAGCAGAUAGUUUUUGUACAGUAUUUAUGCUUUUGAUUUUUAGCGCCUUCUUUUAAAGCACUUAAUUUAUAGAAGAUGUAGCUUUCACUUUUUUGUUUUUGAGUUGAAGAACAAGGAGGCCCCUGCUUGAUUAAAAACAGAUAAAUGGGGACAUUUUGGUUCAGGCAGGCAGACAUUCACAGUAGGUGUGCAUUUAUUCAGUCGUCCACUACAUAAAAGACAGGGUUUGUUUCAAGGUUGUGUGAGUCCAUAAAUGUAGGAAGAAGACCCUGAAAGAAGACAGGCUUUAGAUCUUUCACAGAGAAAUGUAUUCAUCUUUUGGCUGUUUGUGGCCUAAAGACUUAGGCUACAAACUAAUCCAGCUGUCAGAUUAACCUCAAUAUUCACCUUACAUUUUAACAGAAUCUUAUAUGAUACGUAUUUCUCAAUGGGACAAACACAAAGUCACAGUUCCAGCCCACAAGGUUAAUAUUUGCUCAAUAUUUCAGUUAUUUUUUAGCUCAUUGUUGCAAUUUUAAAAGGUAAAUGUAGCCCCAAAUCUUGUCUUUCACUAUUAACGUACAAACCCACACAACACUGAUCAUAAUACUUUAUAUAAGAACCAGAUUCAAGUUUGUAUGUGCAACAGGAGAGCGCACGAUUCAGAGUAGGUCAGAAGGACAAAUGCUUACACCUGCACGUGCCUACAGAGGGCUGAGAGUUAAGCCAAUUAAACACACACACACAUACACACAGAGUAAAAAGUCAGCUCAUGCUCGUCCUGCAGCAGAUGUCUGUGGAAGUAAAAGGGGGAGUCUGGCUUGUCCUUGAACACACAUUGGCCUGAGGCUUUGCGGGUUAAGCAGUGAUUGUCUUUGAUCCCUCCAAACCACAUUGCACUUUGCCUGCCAUCUGGGCCCUUCACCUCAGAUUUCCCACUUCACUAACGCAUCAACAUUAGGGAAACUCUCAACUGUCAGAGCAGCUAACAGCUAAGAGGAUUUGCUGGUUGUUGUGAUAGCUGCUAACUUGCUUGUGAGCCCUUUGACUUUCUUGGUAGUGUAGACCCUCCACGAGAGAUGUGUUAGCCCCUGAUAAAGGAGAGUUUGACAAAGUUAGCAUGUGUUACAGGUCCAAGUUUAACAUCUUUGGUAAUACACUUUUUCAGUUUUUGAUUUUUUGAGUUUGGUGAAAAGAUAAGCACCAUUCUGUUUGAAAAAAUAUAAAAUUUCAGCAGAUAGCUGGGUAGCUUAGCAUAAAUAUUUAAGAAAAACACCCUUGCUUUGUCUACAGGUACAAAGACACUGCAUUAGUCCUCUAAACCUAGCUUAUUGUAUCUGAUUUUUUAGAUAUAAACCUCCAUUUUGGUCAUUUUAAGGAUAUCCAUUGUAUUCAUUAGCUAGCUAGUGUGCAGUUUGCUCUUGAUUUCAAUCUUUAUGGAAAGCUAUUCUAAACUGCUACUGGCUGUGCUUUAAAAUCAGACAUGAGAUAUAGCGCACUUUGCCUCUCUAUUAAGACUGAAAAGGAGUACAUUAAAAAUGUUCAAAUAUUCCUGUAGUAGGUAGCAAAUAAAGUGUUAUGUUCUGUUUGAUUCAUGUCCCAGUAAGUAUUUUUCUCAGUGCCAAAGCUGCCAAGAAAGGUUCCCAUGAAAGUGCUGUGUAUACAGUAUGUGCUGAAAUCUGUGAACAGUAAAAGAAUUCAACCUAAACUUGCAGAUAUAUGUGAAAUGACAGCAAUCUCUUAAUAUGACUCAACAUCCGCAUGCUAUUUCAGCUGUCACCUGUGAUUUUGCAGCAGUUUACUUAACUGUAUUCAGAAAAUUCUCAUAGGUGGUGCCCCAGUUCACUUAAUUAACAUUGUUUCCAUCUCUUACGGCCCCUGUUAAAACGUUAUAACUUAAGAGAUCACAUAACAGUUGGAUUUAAUUUUUUUUGAAAGGUCUGAUCAUAAUUUUCUAAAACUGGUAUUGGGGUUCGAAAGCAUCACAAUCAAUUAGAUUGUACUUAUUCAUCGAAAAAACAUAUUUGCCUUAAGAAUGUAUUUUUCCUUUGUAGUCAUACAAGUAAUACUGAGGGAAUACACAUAUUGCAGCAAUUGCAUUGAGGGUUUUGAGCCCAGUGUAUUGACAGCUUUACAGCAUGCACAAACACAAAUCGUAGAUAUGAAGUAAAACUCAUUAUGUUUUCACCAUUAUCGAGAGAAUGAAGCAUUUUGUGUUCCAGAUAGAGAAACUGACAUUUCACUCUAUUUUCCACUGUCACAGCACCCUAACAUCACUUUAAGUCUCAGCAGAUGUAAGUAACUCCCUCAUGCCUGUAUGUGAAAGAAGUCUUUAUUGUUGUAAAUAUUGGUAUAUUGCCUUUUUCUGUAAAUAGUGCACCCAUGGUCCUCAAUUGUUGAUAUGAAUCUAAUGGCAUAUUUUUAUAUAUUUGUGUAAGUUUUUUUUUUCUUUGGUAUUAUUUUCUCCUAUCCUUUCUGGCAUGCGCUGUCAGUGAUGUUUAAAUUAUAACUGUCUUAGGUCUUAAAAAACCAAGAUGGCAUCUCUUGUCAUUUCGGCAACUGACAGAACUUUAGCAUUGAUGUUUUCACUGCUGGCUGCGUUAGCUCCAAAAUGAAUGUCUGGAUUAUGUCAGGAGGGGAAAACAACAUGGCAGUUUUCCGAGUUAUCACGACUGUGUUUAUCUCUAGCUGUGGUUGACAUCUUGCAGUUGUCAUGAUUACGGUGUAUCAGAAUCACUUCCUGUAUGUAGCUGUUAUUGUUUUGUCACUGUGGGUUCUUUCUAAUUAAAACAGAUCACUGGUGCCAGG